UAUGGUAUUUCCGCACAUGAAAGUCCUUUUUGCUCCAAAGGCAUACUCCAUUGGACCAUUACGCAUCAUUUAUUUACUUUUUGGUGCUUAGCUGAUUUCAAGCGUCUAAGAUUGUACUUGAUCCAAAAUGGCAGCCUCCAUGUUCAGAAAAGGUUUAUGUAGAGCUCGCAGUCUGUGUAUGGUUCAGCAUGAGUUAGAGUCAGCAUUUACACUACAGAGACAACAAUGUCGUUUAAAAAAUACUGCAACAAAUAUGAAACCAAAAGCAUCAAGAAAGAAAAUUGCAUCUAAAAAGAAAGUAGAUGGUGAACCAGUCAAAAAAUUCACCAGUCUGACACCUAAAUACAGUAUCUAUAUAACAGAUGAAUACCCACCACAGAAGUUCUCCUUUGAAAAAUGUAUUGAGAUGCACAAAGAGGCUGCUGCGCCAGAAAUGACCAAUACUCUACAUGCACAAGUAUAUGCUGAUAUUGAACUGGACUGUACAACAAAUAAAAAGACUAAGUUCAUGAAGAAUAUAAGAGGACUAUUAGAAUUCCCGCAUAAAUUUGAACACAAGCAGAAGAAAGACAUAUUCAUAUUUAGUGAGAAUCCAACAGACUGGGAGCAGUGUAAAGAAUUAGGUGCUACUACAGUAGGAGGAGAUGAAUUGAUAGGCUAUUUAAACCAGGGUCUUCUACGUCCGGAUGAUAUUGAAAAAUGUGACUUUCUUUUUGCCACACCAGCCAUGGCACUUAAACUUUUAAAAAUGAGGAGUAUAUUGAUGGAUAAAACGCCAACUUUACAAAAUGGAUGUAUAGUAUCUGAUUUUGAACCUAUAAUCAAGAAGCAUAUUGAAGGUGUUACAUUUAAGUCGCACAAAAAGGAGAACAGUGUUGGCUUAGUCCAGGUUCCCUUUGGACAGCUCUACCAAGAGGCCAAUCAACUGAAGGAGAACUUUGAUCAUAUGGUAUCAGUUCUGGCAGCCUUGAAACCAAAAAACCAAGCAUAUUUAUUGAAGACUAUAAGACUGAUAGCCCCUCCAUCAACUGAGAUAUUUGAAUUAGAAUUUAUAAAGACGGAGGGUGUGCUGACACAAGAAAUAGAGGAUUCAGAUGAAGAAGAUUAAAGUGUAUUAUACAUUUUAUGUACAUUGAUUACAUUAAGAAUAAAUUUGAAAUAACUA